AUGCAUCCCGAGACGCAGCAUACACUCGCUUACACCCUUCUAAUCGAAUUGCUUGCCUACCAGUUUGCGUCUCCUGUGCGAUGGAUAGAAACCCAAGCCCACAUUCUCGAGAAUGCCCAAAUCGAGCGAGUCAUCGAGAUUGGACCUUCAAACACGCUGACCAGCAUGAUCAAGAAAACCCAUGCUUCGAGUCAGGCGAUUCGCGAUGUUGCUCGAGGCAUGAGGAGAGAGUUCCUAUGUGUCAGCAAUGAUGAGGCCCAGAUAUAUUACCAAGACCUCAAAUAUGACCAUAGUCCCACCAAUGCACAAUCUAUAGAGGAGGCUGAAACAAUGCUACUUGCCGACAAGUCUACUCUCCAGUCUACUCCCUCUGAUGGGGUAUCCGCAGUACCAAAAUCCCUUCUGGAUAUAAGGUUGGCGGGCUCUAGUGGUAAGCGCUUGGUGGAAAAUCACGAUACUCACCCAACGGCACUUGAGGUUAUCAGAACGAUCCUGUCAACAAAAUUGAAAAAGCUUCCAGCAGGGAUAGCAUCCUCGAGCUCUAUCAAACAGCUCGCUGCCGGCAGGUCGUCUUUGGAGAAUGAGAUUGUCGGAGAUUUUCUCGAUGAGUUCAAGUCGGUACCCGAGAGACCAGAAGAAUUAUCCUUGCAGGCGCUUGCUGACGAUAUACAACUCACCUUUGAUGGAACCUUGGGCAAGAAGACAACCUUGUCGAUCGAAAGAAUGUUUUCCACGAUGAUGCCACCAGGAUACAGCCCGAGUACUGCACGUGAACAUCUGUCGAGCCAGUGGGGUCUCGGUGUUGGACGUCAGAAUAGUGUCCUUCUCCUUACUCUGUCGAUGCCGCCCUCAACAAGACUGUCGACGACACAGGAUGCCGAUGUAUUCCUUGACAAUGUCCUCAGCUCCUACGCCAAAGCAGCGAAACUCACAUUCUCCGGGACCACAGACAGAUCAAAUGGGGAACAGCACAUGACCAUGGUCAACCCUCAGCUGCUUAGCCGCCUUAUGAAGGGUCAAUCAGAGGUCAUAAUGGACGUUCUGCGUGUUCUUGCUCAACAUACGGAUAAUCUAGAUUUAGCCAGCUCGGAUAAGGCGCUCGCUUCGCUAAGAGAUCAGGCAGCAUCUAUUCAAGGUGAGCUUGACAUCUGGGUGCAGGAACAUGGCGAGGUGUAUAGUUUAGGGAUUCGACCUUUGUUCUCGGCGGUAAAGGUUCGAGAAUACGAUUCCACCUGGAACUGGGUGAUGCAGAACCUGUAUCUCGUGCUCAACAGUAUGAUUGACAAGAACUUCACCUGCAGUCGUUUAGAGCUCGAACGACUGUUCCAUCCCGUCCUACGCAGAUCAACCGACAGAGUGCUUCUUUCUAUCAAGUACAUCCUCUCAGAACAUUUCAGACAAUGCAAUGAUGAAGCAGCCCGCUCACGAAUUCGCGUUAUUGCACAUACACUUUUGGCUUUGUGCGCAAAGAGCUUGAAGGAAUGUCCCAGAUUUAUCGACUCUGGUCCACCUCCACAUCCUUGCAAACCAGCUAAGAUGAUGAAUAACGGUGUCCAAGGUGUCCAAGGUGUCAGCAGCAUCAAUAUGUACACACCUGCGGACAUCAUAGCAGCAUACUCUCGACUUCCAGUGGACCGAUCUACCUCGAAGCCGCACAUCAAGCGAAGAAUCAAGUCUAAAUGGAUCAAAUGUAAGGACUCAACGAGUCUCUUGAAUGACGCAAUGUUCUGUCUUCGCCAUUCAGGCCUCUCCUUCAGUGGACGUUAUGUCUUGCUGGUUGGUGCCGGUCGCAAAUCAAUUGGGGCUGAUGUUCUGAAAGGACUUCUCGGUGGUGGUGCUUGUGUGCUCGUAACGACGAGCAAUUUUUCGACUGAAACCGCCGCAUAUUACCAACAGAUAUUUUGUGACUUUGGUGCCCGUGGCUCUCGACUCAUCGUGGCCCCAUUCAACCAGGGAAGUAAAGGGGAUGUUGCAUCGCUCGUGCGUUAUAUCUUUUCCGAGCCGUCCGAGCAAGGUCUCGGAUGGGACCUUGACCAUGUCAUCCCACUGGCUGCCAUCUCGGAAGCUGGACGUGAAAUUGAUCUCAUUGACUCCACAGCCGAGCUAGCUCACAGGCUGAUGCUCAUCAACUUGUUGAGAUUGCUCGGGGAAAUCAAGAUCUGGAAGUCAGCAACACGAAAGUUCAACAGACCCACUCAAGUUUUGGUCCCCCUCUCUCCAAACCAUGGCACCUUCGGUCAUGAUGGACUAUAUGGAGAAUCUAAACUCUCCCUGGAAACUCUGUUCAAUCGCUGGUACUCGGAAUCAUGGUCAGGCUAUGUGUCCAUCACGGGAACAGUUAUUGGUUGGACCAAAGGUACAAGGCUGAUGCAUUCUAACGACGAGCUAGCGCCAUUGAUCGAGACUCUGGCCGGCAUCAGAACUUUCUCCACUCGCGAGAUGAGUCUCCACAUGCUGGCUUUGAUGAGUACUCCAUUAGUGAGUCUAUCCCAGGAAGAGCCCAUCCUGGCGGACUUCAGUGGGGGCCUAUCCCAAGUCCUUGACUUUAGGUCUAUCUUUGAACGAGCACAACGAGUUUUGCAAAACCAGAACGAGAUGCAUCGGCUGUUGCAGCUUGAAAUUCUGGCCGAUCACGCAUCAAAAGGUGUUGGUUCGCCUCAGAUGACCGCCACAAUUACGACAAACCCUCGGCCAGCCCCUCGGCUAGAGUUUCCCAGACUUCCAUCUCAUACUGUCGAGCUCGAGCCACUGAGUCAUCUUCGUGGUAUGCUCGACCUAGACAGGGUUGUGGUCGUCACUGGAUUUGCUGAGAUCGGACCUUACGGCAACUCUCGUACACGGUGGGAUAUGGAGGCGCUUGGCGACUUUUCUGCAGCAUCCUAUAUCGAGAUCGCUCAGAUGAUGGGACUCAUUCGAUUUGAGAGUGAUGUCAGGGGGAAGAACGAUGUGCGCCAAGCUGCAUGGGUUGACAAUAAGACGGGACUGCCUAUAGACGAUGGAGACGUUGCAGCGAGAUAUGUGGACGUCAUUCAUGCGCAUUGUGGUAUCAGGCCCAUCGAGCCUGAUUUGAUGGAUGGGUAUGAUCCAAAAGACAAAACGUUUUUCCAUGAGGUGGCACUCGAGAGAGAUCUGGCGCCGUUUAAGAUCUCCCAGUCUUUGGCCACUCAAUAUUUACGCAAACACGGCGACAAAGUUCAGUUGAAAACGAUUAACAACAGCGAGAACGUUCUCGUAACUUUUAAGAAGGGAGCUAUUAUCCACAUUCCGAAAGCAAUAGAUUUUAAUCGCGACGUGGCAGGACAAAUCCCAUCCGGAUGGAGCGCGGCCACAUAUGGAGUGUCGGAGGAAAUUAUCAAUCAAGUUGAUCGUGGCACUUUGUAUACUCUGGUGUGCGUUUCGGAGGCACUGAUAGCCAGUGGUAUUAUCGAUCCCUACGAGUUUUACGAGCAUAUCCACGUCUCAGAACUUGGCAACUGUAUUGGCAGUGGAUUAGGGGGUAUUGACGCCUUGCGAAACAUCUACCGGGAUCGUUUCAUCGAUAAAAGUAUGCCAAACGAUGUCCUCCAGGAAACCUUCGCAAACACGACAGCCGCUUGGAUUAACAUGCUUCUCUUUUCCUCAAGUGGACCUAUCAAGACUCCAGUAGGAGCAUGUGCUACUGCUCUUGAAUCGUUGGAUGCAGGGUAUGAUCUAAUUGUUAGUGGUAAAGCGCAGGUCUGUGUCGUUGGUGGCCAUGACGGGUUUUCGGAAGAGGUUUCAUACGAGUUUGGCAUGAUGAGUGCUACUCUGGAUACUGUGCGCGAUGCUGCCCAUGGCCGAUCCCCGAAAGAAAUGUCUCGUCCUGCCACUUCCAGUCGAGACGGUUUCGUUGAGUCAUAUGGUGCAGGAGCACAGAUCAUCACCUCUGCAAGCCUAGCUCUUCGGAUGGGGCUACCUAUUUAUGGUGUCGUUGCCAUGACCGGUACUGCGAGCGACAAGGUUGGUCGAUCAGUCCCUGCACCGGGUAAAGGCCUGGCAGUAUUGGCAAGAGAAUCAUUACGAGAUGUCCCUUCACCCAUGCUCGAUAUCACAUUUCGACGGCAACGGCUACAGAACAGGCUUGAGCAAAUUGACCAUUUCAGAAAUGACAGCUUAAUUGAGUUGUUGGACCACCAUCAUGGAACGGAAUCGCUGAAGGUUUAUAAGGCAACUAAUACUAUCAGCAAAGAGACCAAAGUCCUAGGAGUCGAUGAAGAAUUACCAGAAGGCUGGGAUUGCUGCCAUCCAACACGUACUGCUUACAUUGAGCAAGUCGAUAUGGAGUAUAGGCGCAUGCAGAAGGAAGCGCGAUACACACUCGGAGGAAAUACAUUCUACCACAACGAUCCCAGGAUAUCGCCCCUGCGAGGAGCGUUAGCAGUCUGGAAUCUUACCGUUGACGACCUUGAUUUCGCAUCGUUCCACGGUACAUCCACAAAGCUCAAUGAAAAGAACGAAUCUGCUGUCCUUCAAUCACAACUAAACCACCUCGGUCGCUCCCAGGGGAAUCCUAUCUGGGGAGUGUUCCAAAAGUACCUCACAGGCCAUUCCAAAGGGGCUGCCGGGGCGUGGAUGUUGAAUGGAGCGAUACAGGCCAUGAAUGACGGCGUCAUUCCAGGGAACCGCAACGCGGACAACAUCGACUCUACACUAGAACAAUUCGACCAUAUUGUCUAUCCGAACCGGAAUAUUCCCAAAGACAGUAUCAAGGCAUUCACGGUGAGCAGUUUCGGUUUCGGCCAGAAAGGUGCUCAGGCAGUCGUGGUGCAUCCGAGGUAUUUGUACGCCACGAUCGACAGGGAGGACUACGAUGCCUACGUCCAGCUACGGUCAAAAAGGGACAAAAAGGCUCAGCGGAGAUUUCAAGAAGAUCUCAUAAACAAUACUGUGGUCCGAGUCAAGGAUAGCCCUCCAUAUCGACCGGAAGACGAGAUUGCAACUCUUUUGGACGCUGACAGCCGAUUUCGUUGCGAGAGUUGA